AGCCAACCUCGGUACAAUAAUUAGAAGCGCUUUGUAAUGGUCAAUCCCAAAGAAGGUCUUUGUUUAACCGUAAUAGGUGGGUUCUUAAUUCAUCAUUUAGGCAGCUCUGGAUGAUUUUUUAAGAUAGACCAAGGGAAUAGAAGUAAUUACUUUUUUGUGCCGCUUGACUGACAAAUAUUUUUUUGAUUUCCAGCCAACUGCGCGACUUUGACGUCGAUAGGGCUGUCGGGUUUUAUAAGAAAUCACCAGAGGAUGCGAAGCUGAACAUAUACCCGAUCUCAGCCAGAGUAAGUUACAGCACACUCUUACGCCUCGGCUUUUUAGGCAAGAGAGGAGCACAGCUGUGAUUCCCACCACCACGACUGGAUCCUGACAUACAGCUUAUUCUGCUACCUGCUAUUUUACAAGACCAGCGGGGUUUGACAACAAGAACCCGAAGCUUAAACAGAGAGACGAAGCUUAUCUGCUCUGGUGACACGUCCAGGCAUUCGAUCUUAGCGCUUGUAAAACGCGAGCUGAAUAUUUCUAAUUACCCCUCGUGCAGUUGUAAAUGUGCGUUUAGGCGCUCCAAUCUAGACUCUGACUUUUGCUUCGACUGGUAUCAUACACACCUGUAACUGCGAGGAUUUUUUUUUUUUUUUUUUAAUAUAAUUGAACAGACGAACACUGAGGCAAUUGAAAUAUGGAGCUGUCCACUACCGCGGGUGCUGAUUAUACCGAUCUCUACUCGUUUUUACCUUUCAACAGUUCCUUUCAAGAAUACCCGAGCGAGCUACUGUCCAACAGAAGCCUCAACGGCACUGCGCGGAUCCCCGUGAAUACUCUCACGAAUAUUAUCAUUGCCAUCUCUAUCACAGCGCUCUAUUCUGUGGUCUGCGUGGUGGGACUUUUAGGAAACCUCCUUGUAAUGUAUGGGAUUGUCAGAUACACCAAAAUGAAGACAGCCACUAACAUCUACAUCUUCAACCUGGCCCUGGCAGAUGCGCUGUCCACCAGCACUCUGCCCUUUCAAAGCGCCAAGUACCUCCUGGACACCUGGCCAUUCGGGGAGCUGAUCUGCAAGAUUGUCCUCUCCAUCGACUACUACAACAUGUUCACCAGCAUCUUCACCCUGACCAUGAUGAGUGUGGACCGUUACAUCGCUGUGUGCCACCCAAUCAGGGCACUCGAUUUCCGCACCCCAAUGAAGGCAAAAGUUAUCAACGUCUGCAUAUGGAUCCUCUCCUCUGUAAUCGGUGUGCCCAUCAUGAUCAUGGCUGUGACAAAAACUACAGAUAAAGGUAACAUCAUAUGCAUGCUGGAAUUCCCUGACCCUGGCUGGUACUGGGACACAGUAACCAAGAUCUGUGUGUUCAUUUUUGCCUUUGUGGGGCCUGUGCUGGUCAUCACCAUCUGCUAUGGGCUCAUGAUCCUGCGGCUGAAGAGCGUGCGUCUGCUGUCUGGCUCCAAAGAGAAGGACAGGACCCUGCGACGGAUCACCCGCAUGGUGCUAGUGGUGGUGGCUGUCUUCAUCAUCUGCUGGACGCCCAUCCACAUCUUUGUCAUCGUGAAAACCCUGGUGGAUAUCGACAAGAAAAACCCCUUUGUCAUAGCAAGCUGGCACCUUUGCAUCGCUUUGGGCUACACCAACAGCAGCCUCAAUCCUGUCCUCUAUGCCUUUCUGGAUGAGAACUUCAAGAGAUGUUUCCGUGAUGUCUGCCUUCCCUUUCGCUCCAAGAUGGAGCAGCACAGUUUCACCAGGGCAAAGAAUGCCACCCGGGAACCUGUUUCCGUCUGUGCACCUUCAGAAAUGGGGAAGAAACCAGUAUGACUAGACAUGGAUAGUAAGCUGUAUGGAUCCCGUUCUAGGAGAACCCAACAAGACCUUCAGUCAGAGGUCACACAAAUCUCCACUACAGAGUUAUAACCAUCAAGACAGUCCAUAAUGUCUUUUUUUUCCUGAAAUGCUUGUUAACUUUUUUUUGUAAAAGCUUUAUGAAAUUUUUUUUUUUUUGCUAAUUUUUUUUACAAAACAUCUCUCCCAUACAUCUUGACAUGACAAUACAUGACAAUACAUAACAAAUCUUCUAAAGUUUCAACAUACUGCAUCUAAGAAAAAAAUAUAUAUAUAUAUUGGAAGACGCCCUAUUACUGGAUAACGACUUUAAACUUUUAUAUUACAGACUGUUUUAAAACUGACAAAUGAAGACCGGUGGCCAUUAGCACUUCUGCUAGGUUGACAGGGUAAGAGUAAAAUAAUACAUAUUUGCAUUGAAAGAAGCACCAAUCAUCACAAUUUAUGAUGCUUUAUAGAACAAUUGCCACACUUUGAGGCCGUUAAGGUGGACUUUCAGAACUUGAACAAGUCUACAGCACCUUAAGCAUAUUAAUACAUUUAAAUAUCUUUCUUAAUGGGCCCACAAGUGGCUCACCUGAUAGAAGUGCAGCCCUGUGGUGCGCAGGGUGAGUCAUACAGCGAAGGUUCGUGUCCUGGCUGUGCGAAGUAUGCUGGUCUUCACUGGGGACUCCAAAGGGAGCGUCGCAUUGGCUGUGGCGCUCCUGUGGGUUAGGGAGGUAAAACCGACAGGGAACCCUGCUGGCCAGGCACCCAGUGAGCUCAGAGCGGACACCUGCAGGGCUGGCCUGGUCAGUAGCUCGUUGACAUCCGCUCUCGAGUUCCUGGGUGAAAAAGGAAGCUGGCUUGGUCUUGGGAUUGGAAGAUGCCCACUGAAUCUUUGUGUCUCCUGAACCAUGUGGGGAAAAGUGAUUGGGCAUUCCAAAUUCAGAGAAAAUAUAUAUACACAUAAAUACAUACUGUAUAUAUCUUUCUUAACCACAAACAUUUAAAGAAUCACUGCACAAUUUAGUGAGCUCUGUGUGUUUGUGCCCAUUGACUUUUCCAAGGAAAGAGACAUAUGGAGAGCAGAAUUACAUACUACACAGGACAACAAUGUCUCAAAAGUUAUACCCCCAAUGACUACACACUACACAUAUCAUAACUAAAAAGUUGAAAGAAGGCACCAUACGGUAUUUUAGGAGAAAGUUUUCUUUUAUUUUCUGAAGAAAACUGCUCUGCCCAUCAUCCCCACUAAAACCUAGAUCUUCACUUAAAAACAUCAGCAUGGACAGAGGCUUCUACCAUUGCAUAAUCAAAAACAGAAGAGCAGCAUCACAGAAUUGUCAUGAAUGUGAUUGUACAGCGCUAAAUAUUGACAUCAAUAUAAAGCAGUAGGAAGCUACAAGAUAAUCCUGGCAUACUGUGCACAUCUAGGCAUUAUCUAAUAUAAGCAUAGUGCCUCUAUUGUUUCAGUUAAUACAGAGACAAGACUGCAGGCAUUCAUGUCAAGAAAAUUAAAACCUUGAACUUCAUUUAUAAAACUCAAGUAUCUACACUACUGUACAUUUUAAGAUUGACAUCAUGUCAGUUGGUUUGAUUAUGCUCUGUGGUAUCUUUUCCGAAAGUCCUUUAAAUACUAAGUGAUAGGGUCACUGUGUAGCUUUAAGCAGUAGCCAAUGGGUUACCCAUAUUUUGGUACAUUUAAAUAAGUAUUGCUGGAAAAGCCAAGUGAAGUUAAACUGUAGUUAUUGGGCACUCUUACAGUGAAAAAACACAUUGUAAUGAUACACUGUACUAGUGUUAUGCCUGUAUUAUAUAUAAGUACAGACUACAUCACAACUGCUUUCAGGAUCACCUAUCCACCCAUGUAGUCCAGUAACAAGUGCUCUGGGAAUGUCCUAUGACUUUAAUUAAUCUGUCAACUGAUAGGAAUAAAGACGCACAUUUUUAACGGUUUCUAUGCCUGCCUGUUGGUUUGCUUACAUACGCUACCCUGUAACGCAAACAACAGCGAAUUUUAUCUCUAUGACAAUUUGAACCUGUUUCCGUACUUAGAAAUACAGUAACAAGUUAGAACGUACUGUGGCUCGCCAUCUUGGGUGCUCACAGCCAGCAAUUUCAAACCUGGCGAGACAGUAUAACCAGACACACUCUGUCAAUGACAGGCCAAGAACUGGGAGACCAAGAGUCACAACACCUGCUCAAGAUCGACAGAUCAUUUUGCAGCAUCUUCGUGAUGUCAAUUGUUAAUCAGCACAAUAAAACGUCACUGCACCUGCGCUAAAACAGAGUUUGUCAUUUUUCAAGCACAUCUAGUGAAUUUUAUCCAAAUAUAAGUGAUAAGUUUCUUUUGAUGCUCAAAUAUAAGUGAUUCCAGGAAAUGUGUUACUGCUUCACUUCCUCUAGGUCAUUUCACCUAAGCAUGUGUGUAUUUAAUGAAUGGGUGUGUUAUGCAUGAAAAAUAGAUGGAAUUCUUUUGUUAGCUACAAUUACUUAAACUUAAGUCUGACUCUUAAAACUAAUUUAAACGCUGAUAUUAAAAAAAAAUAAACUAUAACCUAACAAUAGGGGGUUGAACAUUUUCACAUCUAGUAGUAAGGAGUACACAAAAUCCUCCAGUAAUAAACAGAUAAGGUGGAACAAAAACUCGACCAUAAAGGAAAAGUUAUUUGUACAUUCACAUUCAUGACAAUCCUUUGAUGUUGCUCUUCUGUUUUUGAUUCUUCAGUGGUAGAAGCUUCUAUCCAUGCCAAUGUUUUUAAGUGAAGAUCAAUCCCUGUAUUUCUGAUGGGGGUAACCUUGCUUCCUCAUGCUGGUCAUCUGGUACAGCAAAUGUCAAACACUGCUUUGUCAUUAAAACUGCAAUAUUACUAAGCAAGCACAUCCAUAUCAUUGAGGUACAUGCACCAGUUCUUGCAGGGCAAGUAUAUAAAGGAAAAUAUAAAAUCUAAUAAGAUAUACAAGUCUGCACAAAGCAAGUCUUGGUUGUUUAAAAAUGGACAACAUAGUUGAAUUCCCUAAACAAUUAUUCGUAGUUAACAAACUGGAGACAUUAUUAUGUUUAAUACUGGCAAUCAGGUCCAAGCCUGGGGUGGGCAGUACUAGAACCUUCUCUGUCAGUUAACUGAUCCACCUGCUAGACUGUGACUAAGAGCAGCCAGGCAUUCAGUCUGUCAAUAUGGCUCUGAAGCUGCUUGGUAAAAGGCAAACUUUUGAUUAGCAGUUAGUUUGUCAAACACAAAACCACCCCCACGACACACAUUUCUUCACCCUCUCUCACAUGGGGCAAAGAAAAACAGUUAUUUUCUGAUUCUGGAUAUGAAUUAAUUUGCUGCAUUUCUUUAAAGUAGAAAAGGUAAAAUGAUCAAAUUAAUACAAAUACACCUUUUUCAUAUUUAGCACAUGUAGAUGGACAACUGUUUUAAUAAAGUGUCUUCUGAUAUCUUACAAGACCAAUGGAAAAAAACAGCGUCUUAUUCUUUCUAAAACGCUGAAAAGACAACUUUGACUAGAUUCUCAAAGCUCUUUACUCCAAUUGGCCUUUAGCCCACUUUUUUUAAAAAAUACACCUGAUAUAGUUACCAAACCAAAACUGAAGAACUCAGACAUUGAAAUUAUAGGUUUGUUAACAGGUAAAAAGAUUUUUUUUUUUUUCUAGUAAAAAAAUGUAUAGGUUUCUAUAGAUUUAAAAAAAAUCUCCUAAAGAUAUUUCUAUAGAUUUUGUAGAAAUCUGUAGGAAUGUCUAUAUUUUUCCAUAAAAAUCUAUAUGCGUUUCUACUAAACAGAAAUGUAUUUUAUUAUCAUACAUUCAUAUUGGCAGAAAGACAACACCAGGUAAAAUACAAUUAAACUAUCCUGAGAUAGACUUGGUUGUGAGUCAUCUUGCUAACAUUAAGCUUCCAGCUGCCUGCCAUGCAAGGUAAACCCACAGCUGUUCCUUCUAGGGAGCAUUUAAUCAUGAGCUGUAAAUGGCGACUACCAGACAAUUGGCAUUUACAUAAAAUGUAAAUAUAAUAACUAUUUGUAAAUAUCUAGAUUUCAAUAGGAUUGAUUUAUACACAUUAUACAUAUAUUUGGCACCUGUAGGUUUCUUUAAAUAUCUCGGUUUCACUGGAUUUUUUAAAUAAGGAAUUCUAUUGCAAUGUAGUUUCUAGAAAUGUAAUUGUUUUCUACAUGUGUCUAUAAGCUUCUAUAGAUUAGAGCUGCAUCCCUCUAGAUGCCUGCUCUUUCAAGCCCUCCCUCAUGCAUACAGCUCCCUUGUUAAUUUACAGCACACCCUUCCCUGUUCAGCAAUUUACUCCAGUAUUAUUAUUAUUAUUAUUAUUAUUAUUAUUAUUAUUAUUAUUAUUAUUAUUAAAUCAAUGUAAAUAUUUAAAAAAAUACUUUAAAUACAUUUUGUUAUCAGAACCCCAGAACACACACACACACACACACACACAGGUGCAGUAGUGCCUUAAAAAGAAGGUUAGUUGCUCCUGCCUCCAGGUUUUCAUCGAUUGCGCUUAAAAAUGUAAUGUUAAUUUGAAGCUACUUACCAUUUAAAGCAGGGAGCAGGAUCAAACAGAUGCCAACUUCACAUAUUCACUUGAUCUUAAAGAAGGAUGACUGUUGUAAAGCAACGGAAUACAUGACAGCAAUGCACCUGAAAACAACGAUUACAACAUUAUAAUGCAUUGAAAAACCUCAACUUUUAAACCCUGAACUUAUUAACUGAACAAUCACUGGAACAUAGCUCUUGAAAACACUACUGGGGCUCCUGGCUGCUUCAAAAGAUGUGAACAGCAUGCCUGUUUUUUCGUUUGAACACAUACAUGGCUUAUCAACCUGACUUCUUAGCCUAAUGAAAUGCCUUGUGUACAGAAUAUGAAUGUACAGUUAAUUUAAUAUCACUUCAAAAUGACUGAGACCAAAUAAGUGGAGUUGAGUGGAUAAGUGGAUUAUCAAGUGUUCACCAAUAAUCCUGGAAAAAUAAGCAUUAAAACUUGGACGAUACAACAAAGAAACAAAAUACUGUGUUAUAGUGUAGAGCACAAAUCAAAGGAUCUUAGCACGCCGAGAGUACUGUAUUCAGUUUUGGUCUCCAUAGACUGAUCCCUGGGCUUAAAGGAAUGAGCUAUCAAGAUUUAAUUAGCCUAGAAUAAAGGAAGAUUAGGGGGGAAUUAUUUUAAAAUAUUAAAAGCAGUAAACAAAGUUAACCCCUGCCAAUACUUUUAACCACAGCACACACACACACAAAAAAACUAGGACCAGAGGACAUUCAACAUCACCACCUAUCUGUUUUUAUUCAAGUUUGCUAGCAAUCACAAUUCUGAUGACUCUGCAAUGUUGUGGAUGUCUUGUCUGUCAGGAACCUCUGACAAACAAUUCCUCAGACCUUUUGCAAAGCCCUCAGCUUUUUACUGUGACAUCAGAAACAUUAAAGUCACGCUGAAAGAAUGGGUCCUGUUUUCAAUCUCCUUUUUCUGGUUACAUAUUCUUUCUAGUAUGGACACUGAGAUUAUUUUAUCUAGGCUUAUAUAUUUGAUGUUUGUACACUGUUGGGUUUUUAUCUCUGCUUUUAUUUGCUGUUUUGAUAAAUGGAGUAGGUUCAUUUUUGUGAAAUAAAUAUGAAAUGUAUUUGUAUAUACAGUACAUUAAGUUACCACAGCGAUACUAAAUACACAUGAGGUUGUUCAUUUUGUUGUGCCAAGUGUUCUUGAGCAGCAUUUACUGUCAAGUGCUGCCUUCUCAUUUCUGAAGCUCCAGACUUGCUGUACUUGUAUAUAUAAGUUAUAUAUUGUUGAUGAAAUAAAGAUAUACAUUG